AUGUACAUCAGAACACCUCGUUGUUCAGUGGUUGCACAAAACCACUGAUCCUGCGCAUGAUUAAACCUUUUCUGUUUGAUCCCGGAAUUCCUUGUCAAUCCUUUGAAUUCCUUAACAAAUUCUGGCAACAAUGAAGGGACUGACAGGAAGAGGCCGUUGACCUUCCAGAUGGACUGCCCUGGUGGGUAAACCCCUGUCCCAGCGUUUGAAAGCUCCAAGCCGGCUCCGUAGCCCUUGCCUACGGGAAGACUUCAUCGAAGGGAUAGAGGACACGCCCGCCAGGGAAGCACUCCAGUCAAGGAUCCUUGAGGACAAACAGAAUUGGCUCUCCAGUCCAUGGACCAAGAAGACAGCCUGCAGGCAUGUUGAAGAAGUAAGAAUUCCCGAGGAAGUAAUUUGUCCGACAGGCAGCCAGGCCCAGAUUUCCCAUCAGGAGGCUCUUCUCUUCCUGGGAGAGAAGAAAGAUGGUUUCCCCUGUCCUGAAGAGACUUCAAGCGGCUACAAAGAAAAUUUCUUUCAAGAUACAGUUUCUUAAUUAUCUUCUUUUGUUGGUCCUGGCUUGUUUGAUCACAAUCAUCGUGUUGAAUUAUGUUAUCACAUUUAUUACAAAGGAAAGUUUUUUGGAAUUGCCUGAUAUAAAUUGCCAUAAGAAUCCUCCAUUCCUAGUAAUACUGGUAUCAUCAGAACUUGGUGAGAGUAAAGCCCGGAUGAUAAUUCGUAAAACAUGGGGAAAGAAAAGAGUAUUAGCUGACAAACUGAUUGUAACAUUUUUUCUCUUGGGAAAUCGUUUCUGGCCAUAUAAACCAUUUAAUGUGACUAUGGAAAGCUUACAUUAUAAAGAUAUAAUCCAAAAGAAUUUUAUCGAUUCAUACAAUAAUUUAACAUUAAAGACUUUAAUGGGCUUUGAAUGGAUUCAUAAAUUCUGUCCACAAGCUACUUUUGUAAUGAAAACUGAUUCUGAUAUGUUUGUGAAUGUCUAUUAUCUGAUAGAACUUCUUCAGAAACGAAAGAGUACUAGCCAGUUAUACACAGGCUCUAUAAAAAUUAAUGAAAAGCCAAUAAGAAAUCCAGACAUAAAAUGGUAUAUAAGUGAAGAGGAUUAUCCAGAAAAAGUUUACCCUCCCUUUUGUUCAGGAACUGGUUAUGUUCUCUCCUCUGAUGUUGCUAGUCAAGUUUAUAUAGUUUCAAAACAUAUCACUGUUCUUAAGUUGGAAGAUGUUUUUAUAGGUAUAUGUGUUGCAAAACUUAAAAUCCAACCUGAAAAACUUCAUUCAGAACCUGUCUUUUUUCCAGAAAAAGUUGUUUUUUCUCUUUGUCACUACAUGAAAAUUGUUACAAGCCAUUUUACUACUCCUAGUCAAAUCCUUAUGUAUUGGAACGCACUGGAAAGAUAUAUGGAUGAAAAAUGUUCAGAUGAUCAAAAACCUUUACAACUAGUUUAUGGGAAUUAUGACGAGUAAACUUGAUUAGGAGCAUACUGUAAUUCACUUGUACUAUGGUUCUGUUGGGGUCUGUUUAGAAAUCAAUCCCAUUGAGUUCAUUUGGAUUGCCACCCGCUUAAAUGUCUAUAGUUUUGUAACUUUUCUUCAUGUAACAUAGAUUCACUUACUAUAAAGAUUAUAAACUGUAUUCUAUAUUUAUUUAAAUAGCACCAUUGUUGUGUACACAGAAAAGUUUUCUCUUUUAAGCAUUUUGAAAUUUUCCAGUAGAAAGAUAAUUUAAAGGUUUUUUUCACUAAAGCUAGUGAAGAAAAAUGUCAGAUAUUGUUAAUUCAAGGAGAUCAGCAAAUGUAGAGAUUACCAACAUUUUAAUAGAAAACAAAUAGAUGCUGAAAUUGUAUAAGGUACUAGAGAAAAUGAAAAUUAGUAUUUUUCAUAAAACCACCAAGUAUUUCAGAAUUUUGGCUUAACAAUGGCCAAGAAAAGCACUGUUCUACAUAUUUGUCAAGUUCUACAUUUUGUGCUAUUAUAAUAUGCUUCUGUAGAACUUAUAAAUAAAUCAA